AUGGCUGCGUUAGGCCUCGCUUCCUUGCUGGGCCGCGUCCCGGCUGCAGCGUGGAGAGCGGCAAGAUCACCCCUGCGGUGUAAUUCUUUGAGGAAAGUAAGUUCUCAAGGAGGAAAACCUGAACCUAGCAAACAACCUCUUAAGAAGCCAAAGUUACCAGAAGGUCGUUUUGAUGCGCCGGAAGAUUCCAAUUUAGAGAAGGAACUCCUGACAAAAUUUCCAGAUGAUAUUAAUCCUGUUACAAAAGAGAAAGGUGGACCCAGAGACCCAGAACCUACCCGAUAUGGAGAUUGGGAACGAAAAGCACGCUGUAUUGAUUUUUAAGCCACAUGUUGUUUAACUGCAGUAUCUUUUUCUGAGAGUGUACAUCUGAAUUAACUUAUUUUUGAUUAUUGUCUUUCUGUACAUCAUUUAAGUCUCCUAAUUUCUAUAAUGUGUUUUAAAAUAUAUGUGAUAGCUUUGAAAGAAAAUAUGCUGCUAUAAAUUAGG